AUGGAGACGAGGGAGAGAAGGAACAUUGACGCCAUCGACGCCCUCAAGCUCACUAGUCCGUCUUCGUCCGAGAUUGAUUUGCGGCUGCGUGGUGGGGAGAAUGGCAGCUUGGUGUCUAUCCACCUGCAAGUCCUUUUGCCUGCAUCUUCUUGCGAUCGUCCCGACCUGCAUUGUGCCGGCGUCGUAGCUUUCGUACCUCUGUUCUUCUCCCUCCUUCUCCUCACCGUUCACUAUGGCUUUCGGCCGUUGCAAAAGUCACUGCCCCAGUGGCUUCGGAGGUUUGCCGUGGAACCAAAUGUCUACGGUAGUGACGCCGUCGAGGUGACGAGACGAGCGGAAAGACGCCUGACGAGGUGGUCCCUUGCGCUUGUCGGGCUAUCGAUAACUAGCAUUCUCUUAGUCGUGGGAGAUGCCUUGAUACUAUCAAUCUCCAUUCUUCUCAUUGACCGCCCCCAAUCCCUUCCCGCCUCCGUCCUCCUCAUCCAGCUAUCCCUUUUCGCCGUGGGAGCUGCCGUGCUCGCAACGGACACCCGCCUAUAUGGCACCCGGGACGGCCACGCAUGGACGGCAGAGGUCGGCAUCUCGCUCGUCAGCCUCCUCCUCCUGCUCAACAUGCCCAUGCGCGACGCCCGCAGACCUAAACAGGGCAUCAGCGCAGCCUUCUCAGAACCCACCUCCGCCCUCCGCAGCCCCGAGGACUCCCUAACCCUCUGGCAGUGGAUGUCCGUCUCCUGGGUCGCCCCGCUCCUCUCCCUCGGCGCCCAGCGACAACUCCACGAGCACGACGUCUGGUCCUUACCCUACGACUUUCAGCACGGCCGCCUGCACGUCGCAUUCCGCGACCUCCGCGGCUCCGUCCUCUCGCGACUCCUCCAAGCCAACGGCCUCGACCUCAUCGUCGUCAGCCUCCUCGGCCUCCUCGAGACCUUGGCCGUGCUCGCCGAGCCCGUGCUCCUCAAGCAGCUCCUCGCCGCGCUCGCCGGCGGGCCCGAGACCCAGCGCCUCGCCUUCCUCUACGCCGGCUUGUCGCUCGUCGUCAAGCUCCUCAACGCCCAGUCGAGCAUCUUUAGCAUGUGGUACGGUCGUCGCGCCUACGAACGGUGCAGGGGCGAGAUGAUCACCAUGAUUUACGAAAAGACCCUGCGCCGCAAGGCCUUUACCUUUCCGAGCAGCGUCGACGACCCCGCGCCGCCGGGCCCACCCUCUUCGGGAGCGACAACGCUCGCCGAAAACAGCGCCGACGAAGCUACAGAUUCCGAACGCGAGGACGCCGAGAGCAGGCCAAGGUCUUGGACUGCGUGGCUGGCUUGCUGCCUGCGCAAGAGGAAACCCGCCCAUGCCCCGCCAAACAAGCCUUCCGACGCCCAGCCCAGCGGCCCCGCGUCUACAGGUAAAAUCCUUAACCUCAUGCGCAACGACGUCUACGAAGUCGCCCAACGCUUCUGGGAAUUCGCUUCCCUCUUCACCAAGCCCCUCACCUUUGCCCUUUCCAUCAUCCUCAUCUGGCAAAUCCUCGGUCCCGCCUCCCUCCUCGGCGUCGCCGUCCUACUCGCCGGCCAGGGCAUCAACGUCUUCGUCCUGCGCGCCUUCGUCGACGUCCAGCGGGUCCGCCGCGGCCUCACGGACACCAAACUCCAGGUCACCAGCCAGUUCGUCGAGGCCAUCCGCCACCUCCGGUGGUACGCCUGGCAAAACGCGUGGAUCUCCCGCAUCUUCCAGAGCCGGCAGGCCGAGCUGUCCAAGAUGGUCCUCGGCUGGCUCCUCAUGCGGCUCUACAGCUUCGUCAACAACCUCACCAGCUACCUUUUCCCCCUCCUCGGCUUCAUGGCCUACACCUUGGUGACCCACAAGCGGCUCACCGUUGACGUCGCGUUCCCCGCCCUCACCUUGUUCAACACCCUGCAGGACAACAUGCGCCAGCUGCCCGAACUCGUCACCGCGCUUCUCAACGCCAAGAUCGCCAUGGACCGCAUCAACGAUUUCAUGGACGAGCCCGACAAGGACGACGUCGACGAGGUCGCUGCCGUCCGCGGUCCCCUCGGGGAGCUACACCUCGAGCUCCAGGACGCGACCUUUGCUGGCCCGGCACCGACCGGCCGAUCCUCCGCAACCGGGCAAAACGGCCCUUUACAAGCCAUCCUCGGCGAGCUCGACCAACUCGGCGGCGACAAACAAAUCCCCAAGGAAACCAUCGGCUACGGCGCCCAGACCCCGUGGCUCCAGCACAUGAGCAUCCGCGAAAACAUCCUCUUCUGCGCCCCCUACGACGAGGCGCGGUACAUGCACGCCCGCGUCGCGCUCGCCCGCGCCCUGUACAGCCGGGCGCGCAUCCUCCUCCUCGACGACCCCAUCGCGGCCCUCGACCAUCAGACCGCGGAGACGAUCCUGCGCAAGCUCUUCGCCAAGCCAUCCAGCCUCGUGAGCGGCCGGCUCGUCCUGUUCGUCACGCACCGCGUCGACCUCGUCCUGCGGUACGCCGACCAGGUGCUCGACGUGCGCGACGGCGGCCGCGUGCACGCCAUCUCUAGGGAGGACCUGGACAACAGCGACGAGCUACUUCGCCUCGCCGCCCUCGCUGCCGCACACCAUGACGACGUGGAAGAUGAUGGUCCCGGUCUCGAGGAAAAGCGGCGGUGCCCGAUAAAUUUAUCGACGAGGAAUACCGUGCGAGCGGCGGGGUCAUGGCCUCCGUCUACUGGCGCUACGUCAAGGCCGGGAAGCUCCGCUGAAUGGAGCGACAGAUACGAGAAGCCAGAGGCAAGAAUGAUUACCAUGACAUACGACUCGGGCUCUUCCCAACUCCCCUCCAGCCGGACGUCCCUGGGCUUCCAGCUCCCCGGCGGAAGCUGGACAGACAUUGGAAAGAACCUCCCCUCCCCAGACGUGACGGUGAAGCCCUGGCUACUCUACCUCUUCAUCAUCUCCAUGGCGCAGGUCCUCACCCAGACCAUGUCCGAGCUCGCCCUCCUCGUAAUCACCUACGAGGCGGCGAAGCAGCUCUUCCAGGACGUCAUGCGCAAAGUCAGCGGGGCCAAUUUCCGCUUCUACGACGUCACCCCCGUCGGCCGCCUCAUGAACCGCCUCACCUCCGACAUGGGCAUCGUCGACGGAGGCAUCGCGAGCCAGCUGCAGAAUUUCGCGUUCCUCAUCAUCAGCUGGGUCGCGGCCGUCCUCGUCAUCGCCUCGGCCACCCCGCUCUUUCUUCUCGUCGUGGUCAUAACCACGGUCCUUUUCGUGGUCGCUUUCAUGAGGUUCCUCCCGACCUCGCAGUCGCUCCGGCGUCUCGAGACAGUUUCCCUCUCGCCCUUGAUGUCGAAUUUCGGGACUCUGAUCGAGGGCCUGGUGACCAUCCGCGCCUUCCGUGCCGAGCCGCAGUUCCAGCAGCGCAUCGUCACCACAACGGACGCCUUUCAGCAAAUGGACCACUUUUACUGGUCGCUCCAGGCAUGGCUCCAGUUCCGCUUCAACGUCUUGUCGGCAUUUUCCACGUUUGCUCUCACCGCAAUAGCAGCUCUGUCCGGCCUCUCUGGCGGCCUAACGGCCUUUGUGCUCGCCUCCGCAUCCGCUUUCGUCUCUAGCACGCGUGGUCUGUGUCACCAGUACGGCAACUUGCAGAUGGAGUUUGUCAGCGUGGAGCGCGUCAUCGAGCUACUAGACCUCGAUCAGGAGGACCACGGCAAGAAGCUCGUCAUGCCGCCGGCAGCGUGGCCGAGUUUCUCCGACGACAUCGUCUUUUCCAACGUCACGUUGCGCUACGCUCCGCAUCUUGACCCGAGCCUAAACGACGUGUCGCUGCGUAUCCCGGCCGGGUCCAGCGCCGCCGUAACCGGGCGCACUGGGUCGGGGAAGAGCACUUUUGCACUUAGCUUACUCGGUACGCUUCAUCCCGACGCCGACACCUACGGAUCCAUCAAGAUCGGCGGAAUUGAUCUCUCGACCGUCGAUAAAGACGCGCUUCGGCGCCGGGUUACUUUUGUAGCACAGGACCCCGUCCUGUUUCCAGGAACGCUUCGUGAUAACCUAGAUCCCCUUGACGAACACACAGACGCAGAGUGCUCCGCCAUCCUGGACAGCGUUCUCGGCCCAGUGGGUGAUUUUACGAUACAUACCCGAGUGGACGGCGGCGGGAAGAAUCUAAGCCAGGGUCAACGGCAGCUUGUUGGUCUCGGCCGAGCCGUUCUCCGUCGAAGCCCAGUGGUCAUCCUCGACGAGGCGACCGCGUCCAUCGACCAUGAAAUGGCCCGUUAUAUACAGCAAGUCUUGAGGAAUGAGCUGAAGCAGAGCACGGUCAUUACAAUUGCACACCGCGUCGAAGCUGUGCAGGACGCAACCUACUCAAUCGUGCUGGACAAGGGGAGGGUGUGGACGUUUAACGACGGCACCGUUGUCGAGGUCAAGCAGGACGAGCACAGCAGUAUCAAGCACUUUAUCACCUACAGCGCAAUCACGGCCCAACCCGAGUUGACGUACUCCAGCGUUGUCAGCACCGUUCGGUGCUACGCCGUGACAUCGGGCGAACUGGAGGAUAGCACGUUUGUCGAAUGGACGGCUAAAUUCUCGAGCGAUGCUGAUGCUGGCGUUAUCCAAGACGCCAAGUUCAAGAGGCGUGAUGCCUUGGCCGACCUCGCCAAGGCGGCUACAGGAAAGGGAUCCAAGGCCUAA